AUGGAAUUUCCCGCAGAAGAUAUGGGAGUACCCUUCGAAGAAAUAGGUCCCGAAGAAUCUCUGGGUCCCGUAACGGAAGAAAUACCUCUAAGUCCCGUAGAUACGGUGCAACCUGACGCAAGAAAUCCCAAUAACUCGUAUAUCAGUUUCUCGAGAUACGGCAGAGUCAUUUGUUAUAACCAAACGCUUUUGAGAAAUAAUGGUGAUCAUAACAGUUGGGAGGAUCCAUCUACCCUUGUAGCUGCACUUCCUGUCUUUAUCACCCAGCUUUUUGUCGCUAACUUUACGUACCGUCUCAUCUACUAUUUGAUCCGCCCUCUCAAACUUCCUCCUUUCGUCGCUCAGAUCCUUUGCGGAUUAAUAUUCAGCCCAAGUAUGCUUGGCGAAAAUUCCUAUGUCCUCGAAUUCGUGUUUCCUUAUAGAUUCACAAUGGUUCUCGAGACAUUCGCAAACUUAGCUCUCGUUUACAACAUUUUCCUCCUCGGUCUCGGUAUGGACUUGAGGAUGAUAAGAUUCAAAGAAAUCAAACCAGUGGUCAUAGCCAUUGUUGGUCUCGUUGUUGCCUUACCGGCCGGUGUUGCCUUCUAUUACGCUCCCGGUAAUGGAGAUCCCGACAAGAUCCUCGCAGGUGGUAUCUACUGGACGAUCGCGUUUUCCUGUACAAAUUUCCCUGAUCUUGCGAGGAUUCUUGCGGAUCUCAAGCUCUUACGCUCGGAUAUGGGACGUACGGCCAUGUGUGCAUCCGUUAUUACUGAUUUGUGCACUUGGGUUCUCCUCGUUCUCUCACUCGCAGCUUUUAGCAAAUCAGGUCUACGGAACAAAAUGGUGUUUUAUGCAAUGGGAUCAACCUUCGUUUUCGUGCUUCUAUGCAUCUUCGUGAUCCGUCCUGCAGUCGCUUGGGCCUUCGCCAACACCGUGAAAGGAGGCCACGUCGGAGACACUCACGUCUGGUUCACUCUCGUCGGAGUCGUUAUCUGCGGCCUAAUCACCGACGCAUUCGGGGUCCACUCCAUAACCGGAGCUUUCUUGUUCGGUCUCACGAUCCCUUACGACCACGUCAUUCGCAACAUGAUCGAGGAGAAGCUCCACGAUUUUCUCUCCGGAAUAUUAAUGCCUCUUUUCUACAUCAUCUGCGGUUUAAGAAUCGAUCUUCAUUACAUGUUAAGCACCACGAGCAUUAAAACUUUGGUGUUAGUGAUUUCUUCGAUUAUUUUGGUCAAGAUUGUUACGACUGUUAUUUGUUCCUUCUUCUUGCGUAUGCCUUUGCGUGAUGGUUUCGCUAUUGGUGCCCUCAUGAACACCAAGGGGACUCUGGCUUUAGUCGUACUCAACGCAGGACGUGACACUAGGUCAUUGGACGUAAUAAUGUACACUCAUAUGACGGUGGCGUUUCUAGUGAUGUCGGUACUGGUGCAGCCACUUUUAACAUUCUUUUACAAACCAAAGAAGAAAUCGAUUUUCUACAAAAACCGAACCGUUCAAAAAGUCAAAGGAGAAGUAGAGUUUCGUGUCUUAACCUGCGUCCACGUCCUCGAUAACGUCUCCGGCAUCACCAAUCUAUUACAAAUCUCUAACCCGACCAAGAAGUCUCCUCUCAACGUCUUUGCUAUCCACCUAGUCGAGCUAACCGGUCGCACCACGGCUUCCAUGCUCAUCAUGCACGACGAGGCCAAACCCAAAGCUAACUUCUCGGACCGAGUCAGAGCGGAAUCCGAACAGAUCGCCGAGAUGUUCGAAGCCAUGGAAGUGAACAACGACGCGUUGCUUGUUCAGACCAUCACCGCGGUGUCACCUUACGCGACCAUGCACGAAGACAUCUCUACGUUGGCUGAGGAUAAACGAGCCAGCUUCAUUUUGUUGCCUUACCACAAGGGUUUGACCUCGGACGGUCGGUUAGGCGAAGGUAACGACGCGCACGCUGACGUCAACCAAAACGUUUUGUGCCACGCGCCUUGUUCGGUCGGGAUUCUAGUCGACCGUGGCAUGACAGUUGCCCGGUCUGAAUCUUCUUCCUUCCAAGGAGAAACCUCAAGGAGAGAAGUCGCCAUGUUGUUCAUUGGAGGUAGAGACGAUAGAGAUGCUUUGGCUUACGCUUGGAGGAUGGUGGGACAACCAAUGAUUAAGCUCACGGUUGUGAGGUUCGUCCCCGGCCGGGAAGCUUUAGUCAUGGCCGGGAAAACCGGAGCCGAGUACGAGAGGGAGAAACAAGUCGACGAAGAGUGCAUCUACGAGUUUAACUUCAAGACUAUGGACGAUUCUUCAGUGACUUACAUAGAGAAAGUUGUUAACGAUGGUCAAGAGACAAUCGCCGCGAUCAGAGAAUUGGAAGACAACAACUCUUUCGAUCUUUACAUUGUGGGAAGAGGUUAUAAAGUAGAAACACCUGUGACCGCUGGCUUGACGGAUUGGAGUAGUAGUCCGGAUUUAGGGACUAUAGGAGACACAUUAGCUUCAUCAAACUUCACAAUGCAAGCUUCGGUUCUUGUGAUCCAGCAAUACUCAGCGACUCACAGAGGUAACAAUCAAGACAAUGUUGAAGAUCCAGCCAAGAUGUCUCAUGAAGCUAGUCCUUUUAUGAGAUCUGACGACGAUGAAGAAGAGGAAAGAUAUCCAAUUGGAAUGCGCAAAUGA